CAACUAUCACAAUGGCAUUUACUCCUCAUACGGCAGGAAGUACCUCGUCUCUGCUUAGCUUCUGGUCCAAUGGUGGUUUCAUCGAUCUCUUGUUGACAAGCACUGCAUCUGGUGUAUUCUCAUCCUCAAUUUCGUCAUCUGUUCGUUCCUCAACAUCGUCGACGAAAGUUUUGAGCACACUCUCUACUGUAACAAACACGAAGUCGUCCUUUUCAGGCUCAAUUUCCAGCACAAAGUCGCCCUCUUCCAGCUCAUUUUCCCGCACAAAAACUUCAACUUCAACUUCAAGUAGUGUUUCCCCUCCCCCCUUGGCCUCCGUAAGCACUCUCUCGACCACCUCAGCGUCUACAACCAAGACCAGCUCUUCAACACCCGGCUCAACCCUUAACCCUCUUGAGCCAGCGGCCAU